CUCAACUGUUACUAGGGACUACCUUCUUUAACCCAAACACAGAUCUUAAAAAGCAAUAGAUUGUCUAUUUCUGUCUAUAUAAGUUUGACGUCUGAAAGUUAGUGUUCGAAGGUUGUUGUAGAAGAAGCGGUUCUUUCUAAAAUCUAGGUCGAAAUGGUAGUCCUCACUGUUUAAUGCUCCGUCUUUAGAAUGGAGGAGGAAAACAAUGACCAGUCAUAUGAUUCAGAUGAAUCAGACGAUUACAAUUAUAUGGAGCCGGAAUAUGAUGUGGAGGGUGACAGGUUUUGUUCCGACAGACUUCAUCCUGAGUCUUUUCUGUACAAAGCCUUUGAAAGGAAUGAAGUUGAAAUUUUCCUGAACAGCACAGUUGAUACCCUGUGUAACUUAAUCAACGUGCCACCAGCCAUAGCUCGUUUGCUGUUACAUAAUAAUAGAUGGGACGUGGAGGCAAUCAAGAAAAAGUUCUUGACCCAUCCUUUACUCACGUUAAUUAGUCACAAUAUACUCCCAAGUCUUAAUAUACAAUCCAGCUCCAGUGAUAGUCAAGCAGUAAUGGCUACUAUUCACGCGAUUCAAAAUUUCAAUUUUCAAGUAGUCUCAUACAUACUUCCUCCGAAAAUCACUCCAGACUCCUGUUGUGAAAUAUGUUAUACAGUUCCAUCAAAUAAGACGGACAAUCCAGUUAAUAUAUUCAAUGAAUCAGAUUUACAACUACUUCAUAGUCCAACUCCUUUGAAACAAGGGAAUUCAAAAAAUUGCACUUCGUCUUUCCCCUCCGGCGUAACUCAUUUCUCCUCUUCCCAUUCUUCUUCUUCCUCUUCUUCCACAACGACAGCAACAACAACAACAACAACAACUACUACUACUACUACUAAUAAUAAUAAUAUCUACAACACUGUCUUAGAUGUUUGGUCAGAUAACCCUCAUGAUAAAAGUUGUGACUUCCUAACCAGUAAUAAAAUGAAUGGUCUCUACGGUCUCUCUUGUGGACAUAGAUUUUGUCCAGAUUGCUGGCGUUCAUAUUUAACAAUUAAAAUAGAAGAAGGUUCUAGUAUUGAAAUUAAAUGUAUGUCGGUUGGAUGUAAUGUUUUAGUGAUCGAAGAUUUCCUUUUAACACUGUUGAAAAAUCCGACUGUAAAAGACAAAUAUUUGAAUCUACUGUUUCAACGUAUGGUUGAGAGUCAUCCAUCAUUACGUUUUUGUGUCGGUUUGAGUUGUCCUGUUUUGAUUUGUGCGCUUGAAGAACCAAAAGCACGGCGUGUUCAGUGCGAGCGGUGCCAUGCAGAGUUCUGUUUUAUGUGCUCGGAAGCGUAUCAUGCUCCAACUAGUUGUGCAACUCUAAAGCACUGGCUUGUUAAGUGUCGAGAUGAUUCAGGAACAGCAAAUUAUAUGACAGCUCAUACAAAAGAUUGUCCAUCAUGUCAUGUGUGUAUCGAGAAAAAUGAAGGUUGCAAUCAUAUGAAAUGCUCAAUUUGUCACUAUGAAUUCUGCUGGGUGUGUUUAGGCGUUUGGAAAUCACACGAUGCAGAAUACUACUUUUGCAGCAAAUAUCAAGAGAAUCCAGAUUCUGCAAAAGAAUCCGUAAGAACACGUGCACGUGAAUCUCUGGAACGCUAUAUGUUUUAUUAUGAACGAUGGGAAAAUCAUGAACGUAGCCUACGAUUAGAACAUGAUCAACGAGCACGUAUCCAAACGCGUAUUAAUGAAAAAGUUUUGAAAAAAGAAGGUACAUGGAUUGAUUGGCAAUAUUUGUUACUUGCUGCAGAUACAUUAAGAAAUUGUCGAUAUACUUUAAAGUAUACUUAUCCUCAUGCAUUUUAUGGUGAAAAAUUGGAACGUAAAGAGUUAUUUGAAUAUCAGCAAGCUUUAUUAGAAGCGGAAGUAGAAGAUUUAUCAUGGAAAAUAGAACAUGCUGAAAUAACAGAUCGAGCAGAUUUACAAAAUAAAAUGGAUAUUUGUGAGAAGCAUCGUUUAACUUUGUUACAAGAAUUUCUAACUAAUUAAAUCAUGUUCUCAUUUCUUUUGUUUUCUUUCUAACUCAGAAGAAUUAUUUAUUUAUUACUUUUUGUGUUAGUGAUCUAUAAGAUUUCAUUUACCUUCAUCUCUUUUUUCUUCUGUUACUUACUUAUCGACCUACCUAGACAAAACAAUGACACAUAAUAGCGGUGUUAACGACUACAUAGCAUCGUUUUUUUUUGUUUAAAAUUUUAGUCUUAUCCUUUUAAUUACACACAGUCACUCUUCUGUUAGUGUUUCUAGAACAAUAUUCAUUAGUCUUCAUGACAAUGUCCUUUCUCUAAUUAUCUUCACUGUUGAGUGCAAAUAGACUCAUUGAAACACAUUGAAUCUUGGCUUCUGAUUUCAUAGUGUGUGCUAUUUGCCAAUUUUGUCUGUCUUUUAUUAUAAAUGAUAAUUUAUUCUUUACCAGCUCUGCUGACUGUGUCAUUCUAAUCAUUAACUUUGAUUAUUCUUUUAAGAUCUACCUAUUGUAAAUCUUGCUCUUUGAUAUUCGUUCAUCAUAUUCUUUCGUAUAAAUAUUUGGGUAAUCGUUAUAGUGCUUUUUUGUAGCCUUUAUAUUUCGUUAAGAUAAGUCACCAUUUAUUUGUAUUAGGGAUGAUUUGUCCUAAUUUGUGCUGGAUAACUAUCGAGUUUUGUUCAUGGUAUCUACCUAUUUUAGUGAUUAACUGUGAUUCACAAAGUUAUUGCAAAAUGAAUGGAGUUCCUAGUCGUCACUUAGAUUUUCAAUAAAGAAUUUUUUAUCUCA